CAUUUAUUAAGAAAUUUUGUGAUAGAGAAUGUAAACUCUGCUCAUGAAGAUUUGGGCAUACUUCAAAAAAACAAGAGUCUUUCCCAAGAAUAUCGUUAGGUGACCAAGAAUAAUCUACCUUUGCUAAAAUUUCAUGAAUCUCAUGAAUCACUGAGAGAGGCUAAUCAUGAUUUCAAUAAAUUAGAUGAGAAGGAAAUCUUCGGAGGUGAACAGAUCCUGACUUUACUCAAAGAAUCUAUCAAAGGAUUUGAAAAUACCAACCAGAGAUCUGAGGAAGAUGCUAAAACUUUAGAAUCCUUGCUCGAUGUCAACAGCUAUGACCCUGAAGAGUUUUAUAAUAGCUCUGGUAAAGCUCAGUUCUUUGAUGUUGUCAAGCAUCCUCUCUCUGGAAUCAACCUGAUCAACAUCUGUGAAGAAAUGCUACUUCAGGGUCCAAGAAUGGACAAAAAGCAUACCUCUUUCUGGUAUGUUGCUGGUCUCAAAUUUCAUGAAAAAUAUGAAACUGACUUCCUAGCAAGACAUUUGACUUUACUAGCGAUAUUCUACCAUGCUCAAGAAAGAACAAUGAUUGCAGAGGGACUUCUCACAAGAGCUCUUGAACUUACCAAGGGUAAGGGAGAUAUUCAAGAGGCAUUCACAUUCAAGAUUUAUGGUCAUAUCCUCAGGUCAAAGCCUUCAAGAGCUAAUGGAUCUAAAUAAUUGAUUAUGAGAGUAACUAAGAUUGAGCAGCAGCUAGUCCCUUGGACUAGCAAACUGGUCCAGAUGCAUAUCCCUGCACUCUACAACUCUCUUUCAAUAUUCAUGAA